AUUAUUUGUACUUUGAGAACGUGGCCGUUAUUAACUAGCCACGCGGGUCAAAGGCCAUUUACUUUCAAAUAUGUCAUCCAUCAACAUGUUUCAAGGAGUACUUUUCUUCAUCUUGAAUAUGUUUGUGAUACAAGAUACCACAACUACUGUUGUCAAAUUCAAAGUUCCUCCCAAAGAACUUUAUAAAGGCCGAGUAUUUCAAGUCCAUUCAAGCAGCAAAAAGAUGUCUGUGGUAGCUUGUGCGGUGCAAGUGGAAAAAAAUUGUUCCAUCCACAUCCGUCGAGCCCUUCACUACAAUGAAGCCACUCAACAAUGCGAAUGUGGCGAGAUUUCAGGCUUGGGAAUGACCCUCAGUGGAUCUUUGGUUCAAGAUCUUCCGGGGACGUUCGUGGGAGAUCUUUGGUCGAUAUCGAGCAUUGAUUAUUCAACAUUCGUUCCACCAACUCCCAUGGGGCACAUACCUUUGACUGAUGGAAGCUUCUCGUUGAACUACUUCAACGGAUCUGACUUUUUUGAGCCCAAGAAUGAUGCCGUUCAACAUGAUGUUCUGACCUUUGAGGGUCAAAGGGCAAUUAAUCUGAGCUCGUUUUUGUUAUAUUUCAUGUCUGGUGGGACAAUCCACAACGAACUGUCCGUUUUGGUGUGGUUCCGAGUGGAACAAUUUGAUUUGCCGCAUUACAUUUGGUUCUUGAACGACGUGAAUGAUGCGAAGAGCAUUUACCUGGUUUUAACGGGUUCGUCGAGUAUUGAGGUGAACUAUCGAAAUGAGGGCAUUUUGCUGUUUGAAAAUGUCCCCUUAAAAGAAGGUACAUGGAACAACAUUGGUUAUGUUUUUGACAAAGAAGGAACCUCCAAACUGUACUUCAAUGGUGUGCUUCUUCAGAUUAUCCCAUAUUUUGGCAUCGGCAUCCCCUCAUCAAUAACGACCAAUUACAUAAAUCUUGGGAAAGGGGUUAGCGGUUCGUGCAAAUGCUCAUUAGCUGACUUCUUUAUCUAUACCAGCGCCUUAGACGAUUCGACAAUUAGGGAUGUGGCAAUGUCAAGGAUCUUCUAAUCUGACCCAUUUUUAGCUCCCCAAUAAAACCUUUGCAGUCACUAUUUUGAAUACUGCAAUUGUAAAAAGACAAUCGUGAGCACUUGCAUUUUUUAGUGUUUUGGCUUUUUGAAGAACCACGCCUCAAAUAUAUAUUGUUCUGUUGCGGAAUAGUCAUAAAAGAUUUUCCACGUUCCCUUUGAGAAGGAUGACCGGUCUGGUCUUCUUUCUUUUUUCUUGACCUCCUCCUGAACUUGCCCUGACAAUAAAACCACCUCUGGGGAACAUGA